AUGGGUUUAUUAUCAAGAAAUAAAAAUAAAAGUAAAAAUAAAUUUGAUGAUGAUUUUGAUAAUUAUGAUGAAUUCACGGAUAGUGGGAAUGUAGAGAAUAAAAUUAAAAAAUCGAUUGAUCAUGUUUCUUCUAAAAAUCAUGGAGCUUUAGAGGAUGAAUUGAAUAACUUACUCGAUUUGAUUGAAACAAAUGAUGAAUAUCAAUAUUACAGUAAUCAAAAAUACGCUGCUAAGAUCAUGAGGAAAAACUUGAAAUUCGGAUAUUCAAAGCAACACAUUAGAAUCUUACAACUGUUAGAUUUAUUAAUUAUUCAACAUAUCAAGUUUACAAUAGUUUUCAACGAUGAAAAAUUGUUAAAAAGAAUUAGAGGUAUUGCAAAUAACUCGGCAAGAACUUCUCAAUUAAGAUUAUAUGAUUCAAAAGUUAUCAUGGCUGCAAAUAAUUACAUCACAUCAUGGCAAAAAUUCAUUGAAUCGAAUAAUUAUGUUGAUAAUAACAUUUAUUAUGGGUUAUUACAAUUGUCAAAAGAUGUUGGUAAUGAUGAAAAUGAGGAGGAAGAUAAUGAUUUCGAUGACGUUAAUUCCGAAGAUAAUUUCUAUUCUUCUCGCAACAACAAUACGUCGAGAUUCUCGAGAACUUCUUCAUUUUCCACUACAAACAAUAAACCUGACGAAUACCCUAAUUCCCCUUCAAAACCUAAAAAGAGACUCUCGAGAUCCGGAAGUAUCAUGAGUCAUUUAUCUCUAAGUAAAAAUAAAAAAAAUUCAACUAAAACUUUUAAUGAACCCUAUAAUGAUAAUUUUGAUGAAUACUUGAAUGAUAAUACUUUUUCAAGACGAGAAAGAGCCUUAUCAAGACCCGAAAGCUUCAAUAAUGAGCCACCAAUCAGAAGAAUCGCUAGUGAAAGGAGUGGUUUGGGUUAUAACAAUAAUAUUAACAAUACCGAUUCUAUGCCAAGAUCCGAAAGUUUCCGAAGUGAUAUUUCAGGUCAUGAAAGGUUAAGAAGAAAUACAAUUGGAUUUAGAAAUGAAAGAACUUCACCCAGUAAAUUAAAUUAUAACAAUAACAAUAAUAUGAGACCAAAACGUACAAGCUAUAUGGAUGAUACUCCAAAUGAUCCAGAUAAACUUUAUAGAAUCCCUAAUAUUAACCUUUCAAAGGCAGAACCAAAAAUCCGCACUGUCAUCGCUGAUGCCUUGACUGCAGCUGUUUCAUUAAAAAAUGCGGUAACUACUUUACCUUCCUAUAAACUUUCGACAGAAGAUGAAUCUUGUACAAAAAAAUUCAUUAAAGCAAGAGCUGUGAGAAGAAAAAUCUUAAGUUAUUUGCAAUUGGUUAAGGAGGGUGAAUUAUUAGGUAGUUUGAUUCAUGCUAAUGAAGAAUUAGUUAAUGCUUUAACUUUGUAUGAUAAAAGAAGUGGAUUAGACGAGGAAGAAAAUUUCAAAGAAAGUUUUGAUGCUCGUGACCAUAAUUCUUCCUCUGAUUUAGGUUCAGAAUUUUACGAUCCUGAUGAUUUGAUUGAAGAAGAACGUUUCAGUUCGGAUAGAUAUUCUAGAGGACAGAUUAAUAAUCCAUUUGUUGAUUAA